CUUCAGUUUUCCUUAUCUCUGCAACUGUUUAGGCGGGAGGGAGGGCGGGGCGUAGUUAUUGGGUGUGGGGAAAUUCCAAACGGAUUUCCAUCUUCUCCUCCACCCAAAAAUACGCCAAUGGCGUUUUGCAAUGGCCUAAAAGCUUAGGCUUAUAGUCUUUCGUCUCUUCCCCCCGGCCUGCACUUCGUUCUGUCCUCUUCUAUCUGGUUCUUCGGAUAGAAAAGGCGGAAAAGAGGGUUUCCCCUCGCCGCCGCCGCCACAUUUUCUUCCGUCUCGCCGGUUCCUGGGGGUUUUUUUUUGUGGAGAAAAAGGAAAGGAAGAAACAGAUGAGUUGCUUCUCGUGCAUUAAUCGCCGGAAGGGGGUUAAGAUCGACAUUGAGAAGGCCCCAGGGUCUUCCAAUUACCGCAGUAACUCCUCCGAUCGCUCUGGUAGCGGGAAGAGGAGGAAAGAACUGGAAGAGAAGUUGCCAAAGGAGAAUGGGGCACGGAGUUUCUCGUUCAGGGAGCUGGCCAAUGCUACCCAGAAUUUCAGGGACUUGAAUUUGAUCGGAGAAGGAGGCUUUGGCCGGGUUUACAAAGGCCGCCUGGAUACAGGCGAGAUUGUUGCGGUGAAGCAGCUGAACCAGGAUGGAAUGCAGGGGAAUCAAGAAUUCAUCGUUGAGGUUCUGAUGUUGAGCUUACUACACCAUCCUAAUCUCGUUACCUUGACGGGCUACUGUACUGCUGGAGACCAGAGAUUGUUGGUCUACGAGUACAUGCCUAGAGGCAGCUUAGAACGUCAUCUUUUUGAUGCGGACACUGGCAAAGAGCCACUGAGUUGGAGCACACGGAUGAAAAUUGCAGUCAAUGCAGCUAGAGGCCUAGAGUACCUUCACUGCAAAGCAAAUCCACCAGUGAUCUACCGUGACCUAAAAUCUGCAAACAUCUUGUUGGACAAGGACUUUCACGCCAAGCUAUCUGAUUUCGGGCUUGCAAAACUGGGACCAGUUGGCGACAACACUCAUGUCUCCACUCGAGUCAUGGGAACGUACGGAUACUGUGCCCCUGAGUAUGCCAUGAGUGGGAAAUUGACUCUUAAAUCAGACAUCUAUAGCUUUGGCGUGGUGCUGUUGGAGCUCAUCUCUGGACGUAAGGCAAUGGAUUAUAGCAAAAGGCAAGGGGAGCAGAACCUCGUUGUGUGGUCUCGCCCCUAUCUGAAGGACCAGAAGAAAUUUUGUCAAAUGGUUGACCCUCGGCUACAAGGCUGCUACCCUCGUCGGUGUCUGAACUAUGCCAUUGCCAUAGCUGGAAUGUGCCUCCACGAUGAGGCACAUUUACGCCCUCUGAUUGGCGAUAUAGUGGUCGCCCUCGAGUACCUAGCUGCCCAAAGCACUGAGCACAUGAGCGGAAAGGCAAGAAGCGAGAUCGUCUUACCCUCCUCAACAUCAGACAGAAGCGGGCCAAUGACACCACCCUCCUCAAAACCGGAGGCAAAUGCACGAAGUGAAAUCAUCUUGCCCUCCUCAAAAUCAGAUGAAAGUGGAGCAAUGAUGCCACCCUCCUCAAAAUCAGAGGUAAACACCCGAAGCGAAAUCAUCUUGCUCUCCUCAAAAUCAGACAGAAGCGGACCAAUGACACCACCCUCCUCGAAAUCGGAGGUAAACACCCCUCACGCGCCUAUCUUGAAGUUUGAUAGAAAUGCUCACAGACAAGACGUUACCAUUAGCGCAUCGUUCUAA